AUGACGUACCAGGUCAUGGAUAUAGUUGAUUCCGAGCUGGAGAAACAUCAGAAGUCAUCUUCCUCCCGGUUGUCUGAUAGAUCCAGGACGCUGUCAUCAGCUGGAAGAGACGUAGAUGACACAGCUAUGGAACGGUCCUCCACUUCGCCCCCUUUUCUUCAUACCAGCCCUGGUCACUAUGGCGGUCGGUUGUCAGGAUUCAUCCAGAGGUUUCUUUCGGAAUUAAGAUAUUCUGACUCUGCUCUGUCUGAUGCAGUGGAUGACAUCAGAGCCUCCACAUCCUCUCCCAAGAGCCAAAGCGCCAGAUCUGCCACUGCAAGCCAUGAGCCAGACAUGGAACUGAAGUACGCGUCCCAGAAACUUGGGGACCCACUAGACUUGUUCACCAGGGUUAUGGUUCACCAGGUCAUGGAUAUCCUCCAUGUGGAACUGAACAGACCCCAGACUGUAGUCGCUCUCAUUGGUCAGGAGGAGAUAAGUGCAGGACAUCCACCCACCAAGACCUCUGUGCCAGACAGCAGUGACUACGGCUGCUUUGUCACAGUUCUGAUGCUCAGACUGCUGGCCAAAAUCAUGGAUCAGCAAACUGCCUCUGCCGACACGAUGGACUCCUCCCGAGAGUUGAUUCAGAAAGUCCUCUCUGAGUUCAGCAGUGCCUCAGGAACGCCAAACUUCCUGACGUAUGAAAGCAACACCAAGAUUCAGGCUUUCUACAGAAGCAUGGACAAGUUCCUCCUGAAGGAGUUUGGACCUGAGGCCAUCCUGCAGAGAGCUGUGGAGACACAGGACGUCUCCUUUGAUAACAUCUUGCUGGCGGCGUUGAGGAAAGAACUGAUGCCUCGUUGUGACACAGAGGCAACUUCUGUCCCCUCAACUCCUGCUUCACCCUCUGAGCCACUUGAACCUGUGACUGGAACAGCAGCUGGACAAACCACCAGGAAGAGGCUCAAACUCAGGUUCAGAUUGAAGAUGCCAAGGAGACGCAGCAAGAAGGUGGCUCCCACUAGGGCCGUCUCUGACUCCAGUAAGUUUUAA